UAUAAAGUGAGGUCAAGUCAAAAUAGUGAAUUCGAUUUUUUAGCUGAAUGUAUUGAUGAUGUUGUAAACCAAUACUCAAUUGAAUGAACUCCCUUAAUGAUAAACAAAGUAUUUUUAUUUUAAGAUAUGAGGACCACCUGUUUAUUACUACUGCUAUUGUCUACGUCUCUGUGUGAGCUAUCCGAUAAAAGAAGACUGUCUAGUUUAGAACUAGUAAAAGACAAAGAUUCUAGAUUAUUGGUUUUUUCAACUUUGGAUGGUACUUUGACUGGAAUUGAACAGCAGACAGGCAAUGUAAAAUGGACAGUUAAAGAGAAACCUAUUGUUCAAGUGCCACUGAAUGUUUCCAAUGCAAUUGUUCCUUUUUAUCUACCAGAUCCAAGAGACGGGUCACUUUAUUUAAUCGGAGAUGUCAGGGAACCCUUGAAAAAAUUACCAUUUACUAUUCCACAGUUAGUUUCAACAUCUCCUUGUAGAAGUUCAGAUGGAAUUCUAUAUACAGGAAAGAAAAAAGAUACAUGGUUCAAAUUGGAUCCAAAAUCUGGCAAAAAACAGCUGAUCAUGGGCUGGGAUGAUUACAGCCCAACAUGCCCUAUAGACACGAAAAGUUCUGUCUACAUUGGCAGGACGCAGUAUACUUUAAGAAUGGUUGAUGAGAAGAAAGCAGAUAAUAAGUGGAAUGUUACUUUUUAUGAUUAUACAGCUAGACCUAUGGGUAUGGAAGAACUAAAUAAUUAUGAUUAUGUCCACUUCACAUCUACGUCUACAGGACAGGUAGUAACAUUAAACCGCCGAUUAGGUAAUUUGCUAUGGGAUAAAGAUCUUGGCAGUCCUGUUAUAGGUGUAUAUUUGCUCGAUUCUGAAGGGCUGUUAUCCCUCCCAUUCACCUCUUUAGCUAACCAAACCUUAUCUUAUUUGCAAACCGAAUUAGUCACCAAUGGAGGAUUAUUGGAAAGAGCCAAUCACAUGAAACUGUAUCCGACAAUAUACAUCGGGGAACAUGUGCACGGGUUGUUCGCUUUACCGUCUUUGGUAGACAAAAAUUACGUUACGAUAGGAAACAGCAAUGGACCGUUGUUGUUAGGAGGUCCUCACGCUCCGGAUCACGUCGUUCAUCCUGAUUAUCCCAUUCCAGGAUAUAAUUAUCACCUACCAAACGGCGCCGAAAGUAACGGUCAGGUCUUAUUCCAAAGCUUGCCCAGUUUCAUGCAAAGCGUCGUAGGACAUUACAACGUACCCAGCUUUAGCAAUCAAAAAUUCUUAACCAACAACAAAGAAAUAAUCAUUCUUAAAGACGCCACUGGUGAAAUUUCCGACCAGAACAACGAUAAAGAUGGCGAAAGAACACAUAGACCUCAAAUAGACUUUAUUACUAUCGAAGAGAAGAAAGAUGAAGAGUCGGGCAGCGUUUGGGGUUGGUUCGAUACUCAGCACAAAGCUUUGAAAUUGUGGAUAAACCAACAGGAGAAUAAGGGGCUGAAAAUUUCUCUUAUAAUAAUGGCUGGAUGUGUUAUAGCUAUGUUUUGGUAUCUUCAAAUACAGGUACGUGAGUUUCAGAGUCAAUCUCGAAACAACUCACAAUCGAGCCAACAAAAUUUCAAGCACAUUAGUACGUCAACCACUCUAGCAGAGGAAUUACCAAACGGUUUGGUCAAAGUUGGUAAAAUAACCUUCCAUCCAGAUCAGGUGCUUGGUAAAGGAUGCGAUGGAACCUUUGUUUACAGGGGUGAAUUUGACAGCAGAAGAGUAGCCGUCAAACGACUUUUGCCGGAAUGUUUCACCUUCGCCGACCGUGAAGUAUCCCUGUUAAGAGAAAGCGACGCCCAUCCUAACGUCAUUCGUUAUUACUGUAUGGAGCAGGACAGAAUGUUCCGAUACAUCGCUUUGGAAUUAUGUCAAGCUACUGUUACGGAAUACAUCCAAGGUAAUUGUGAUAUUUGUCCCAUCGCUCCCUUGGAAAUAUUACGACAAGCUACUUCUGGAUUGUGUCAUCUGCAUUCGUUGGAUAUAGUGCAUCGAGACAUUAAACCCCGGAAUGUCUUAAUAUCAGUGCCGAAUAAUAAAGGAGAAGUUAAAGUGAUGAUAUCCGAUUUUGGUCUGUGUAAAAAGCUGCAAGUAGGUAGAGUGUCGUUUUCCAGACGAUCUGGAAUAACCGGUACCGAUGGUUGGAUAGCACCAGAGAUGCUCAAUAGCACAGAAAGAACUACUUACGCCGUAGAUAUGUUUUCAUUGGGCUGUCUAUACUACUACGUCUUAUCCAGAGGCCGACAUCCCUUUGGUGACAGUUUGCGAAGACAGGCAAAUAUUUUGUCUGGAAAAUACGAUUUAUCAGAACUAAAAGGUCCAGACUGGAUGAGAAACGUUCACAUUAAUCUCAUAUCAGCCUUAAUUUCUGCAGAACCGGACUUGAGGCCGUCUUGUAGAGCAGCUUUGGAUCAUCCUAUAUAUUGGAAGUAUGACUACAUACUUAACUUCUUUCAGGAAGUUAGCGAUCGAAUUGAAAAGUCCUUUCCCGAAGACAGUAUUCUACUAGAACUCGAAGCUGAUAGCUCGCAUAUAGUAAAAAUAGAUUGGAGAGCUCACAUUCACGAAGAGGUUUCUUCUGAUCUCAAAAAGUACAGAUCCUACCAAGGGUAUUCUGUAAGAGACUUGCUGCGGGCGUUAAGAAAUAAGAAACACCACUUUAGAGAGUUGUCCCCAGAAGCUCAAAAGAUACUCGGAAGAGACUCGGAGUCUUUCACAACAUACUGGCUCAGCCGGUUUCCUCUUUUACUCGUGCACACUUGGAUCGUCAUGCAAAACGUCGCCGAUGAAGAUCACUUUAUAAAAUUCUAUCACACGUCGUUCCGUUACCCGUUAGAAUUAUACAGAGAGCAAAUGUUGGAAUACGUUUCUAAAAACCCGCCGAUCUUACCAGCAGACUACAUCCCGCCAGCAGAGCAGAACUCAAGCGAAGAUACGGCUGGUGGUCUAGUUCGAAGAAAUACGAAGUUUCUAAGUAGCAUGGGUAGUCCUAGAAGAAAAUCAGAGCAGAGUAAAGUGCCUAGUGAUUUGGUGAAAUCGGGAGGACUUUACAGGAAUUUUAAAGAAGAAGCAUCUAACGGAGUCAAAUUGUAUCAGCAGAAAAAGAAAAAGACUAAAAGGAGUGACGAACCGUUGGUUUGGUCUAUUAAUUAAGGAUGGAAAUAUGACAAGAUGUUGAUUUACUGUGAUAUUUGCAUUUGUACAAAGAUUUUAGUUGUUAAAACUUUUUAUUUAAGCUAAGUGUAUAUUUUUACAGAGUAAUAUAUAAGAUUUUCACCGUUUAC